AGAGUUUAGUGAGAUCAUUGGAAGUUGAAACCCGAGGAGAGAGAGGGGAGAGAGAGGGAAUGAGCGAGAGAAGAGGGGGAUGGAGUCGAGCUUGCAGAGACUAAGGUAAAACGAAACGGCCCAUCACCUUCUAAUUUCUCAAACGCUACUCGUUCAAGUUUGUCUACCAUUUCUCCUCCACUGUUAUGCGCAUGAGGAAUAGAUGUUAAAGGGUCUGUAAGCUUCCUCCUUGUCAGUGCCAGAAUUUCUCUCAAGUUGGAUUGAAACUUUUUGUCAUGAUCAGGAGAUGAACAGAAUAUUUCAUUCGACAUCUUGCUUGACAUGUGGCAGUAUUCAAGUUAAUCUGAUUAAAACCUUUCGGCUUGUGUCGGACGAUCACAGCUAGUGAAAAGAGUUGCUUGAUGACACCAUGCUGCAAAUUUCAUGUGGGGCAAUCUCAUCACGGUUAUUUUUGGCCUAGUUCAGCUGCAAAAGUGCUAUUGCCUCCUGUAGAUUUGUGUAUAUCAAGUAUUUGAAGGCAGUGAAGUAGCUUGGGGUGAACCCGUAUAAUUUGUGUUCACCUGGUUAAGUCUAGAAGAUUGCUUUUUGAAUGAUUAGAUCGCAAGGUGGAGCGUUUACUUUGAUUUGCUAAGUGUGAUACCACAGCUGUGAGCUGCAUUAGUUGCAGAGCUCUUUGUUAUAAUGGAAACACAGUCAGGGAAUGCUAUCCACCUACCGGCUGUUCUUCGGCGGUUACUUCCUGCUGUUGGACCUGUCCUUUUGAUUUCAGUAGCAUAUGUUGACCCUGGGAAGUGGGCAGCCACUGUGGAAGGUGGUGCCCGUUUUGGAGUUGAUCUAGUCCUGCCAAUGCUCAUCUUUAAUUUGGCUGCAAUAUUGUGCCAGUAUCUAUCAGCUAAAGUGGGAAUCAUUACUGCUAGAGAUCUUGCCCAGAUUUGCAGUGAGGAGUAUGACAAAUUCACUUGCACGUUACUAGGAGUUCAAACAGCAAUUUCAGUGGCGGCGUUGGACCUCAGCAUGAUACUUGGCAUCGCACAUGGGCUUAAUCUUCUUCUUGGGGUGGACUUGCCCACUUGUAUCUUUUUAACUGCUGUUGAUGCUGUGUUGUUUCCGUUUUUUGCCGCCUUUCUGGAGAAAUAUAAGGGCUAUUUCCCAUCCAUAUGCGUGGCAGGCUUUGUGUUGAUCUUCUAUUGUCUCGGGGUGCUCAUUAGUCAAUCGGAGGUUCCUCUCUCAAUGAGUGCGAUGCCGAUGAAGUUAAGGGAGGAAAGUGCAUUUGCUCUGAUGAGUCUUCUUGGAGCAAGCAUUAUGCCUCACAACUUCUAUAUGCAUUCUUCUAUUAUUCUGCAUCAUCAGAGACUGCCAAAUGUUUCCAAAAGUGCCUCAUGCUAUGAUAAUUUUUGUGCAAUCUUAUGCAUCUUCAGUGGCAUUUAUCUGGUGAACUAUGUGCUUAUGAACUCAGCUGCGAACGUGUUCCACGAAACAGGCCUUGUUUUGGUUACUUUUCCGGAUGCAAUGUCCCUCAUGGAACAGGUAUUUCGUAGUCCAGUGGCACCUCUGUUCUUUGUGUUGAUUUUGUACCUUUCAAAUCAAAUCUCUGCAUUAACUUGGAACAUCGGUGGGCAAGUAGUUCUGAACGAUUUCCUCAGCCUCGAUAUACCUAACUGGUUGCAGCGAGCUACUACCAGAAUUGUUGCCAUUGUCCCAGCCCUUUACUGUGUGUGGACUUCUGGAGUUGAGGGGGCAUACCAAUUGCUUAUAUUUUCUCAGGUUAUAGUAGCCUUGCUGCUACCAGCUUCCGUUAUUCCACUAUUCCGAAUUGCAUCAUCAACUUCAAUAAUGGGGGCACACAAGAUCUCUCAAUUUCUCGAGCUCUUGGCAGUUGUUGCAUUCAUGGGAAUGCUAGGAUUGAAGAUAAUUUUUGUGGUGGAAAUGAUUUUCGGGGAUAGUGACUGGAUUGGCAACUUGAGAUGGAACAUGGGUAGCAGUUCUUCUCUCCCCUAUGUUGUUCUUCUCGCAACUGCUUUUUCAUCAUUCUGUUUGAUGCUUUGGCUAGCAGCAACACCUUUGAAAUCUGCAACAACCCAGUUAGAGGCGGCUCAAGCAUUGAACUGGAAUGCAAAGCAGACUGUGCAGGAGCCAUCCAUCCGUAUUAGAGAUGAAAAGUAUCUGGAUGGUAUUAGGUAUGGAGAAGGCCGAUUUCAUAAGCAGGAAGCCGCUGCACCAACCCCAGUGAAGUCGUUAGUGGGCUACUCAGAUAGAAGUGUCUUACAUCCUGAUUCCCAUUUACCUGAAACUAUUCUGGAGUCUCAUGAGGACUUUCAUUUGACACCUAUUGAAGAGAAUCAGCCGGAUAUGAAGUUUCCUAGUCCUCUCAAACUGAAUCAGGGAUCAGUACCUUCAACAGAACCAACAUCAGUAUCCAAAGCAGUGGGGAAUGUAGUUGUUGCUGCUGAUCUUGAUUAUUUACCGGACUCGAAGAUGAUAGUUUUUGAAUCACUUGAACCUGUUGAGAAGACUGUGAGUGUUGAAGGUGAUUUCCUGGUAGAAAAAGAGGAUGAUGAGGGGGAUGCCUGGGGGGAGCCUGAAGAGUCAUCAUCCAUAGGUGUUUCUGGGAGUUUCUCAUCUUUGACCUCUGAUGGUCCAGCAUCUUUCAGAAGUCUCAGUGGAAAAUCCGAUGACGGUGGGAAUGGUGCUGGAAGUCUUUCGAGGCUGGCAGGGUUAGGCAGGGCUGCUAGGCGUCAAUUAGCUACAGUUCUUGAUGAAUUCUGGGGGCAGUUGUAUGAUUUCCAUGGUCAAGCAACUAACGAUGCCAAGAAUAGAAGGAUCCAUCUGCUACUUGCUGCUGAUUCUUCAAAGCUUUCAUCAUUUUCCUUCCUGAAAGUUGACCCUCCCCUUGGAAAAGAAUACAGUACUGGGUAUAAUUCAUCAGCAAUGGCCAGUGGUAGAGCAUCAUCAGAUUCUUUCAUGAAUUCAAGUUUCUGCGAUUCUCACAGGCAGCAGCAGCUGAUGAUGCAACAGAGCACUCUUGAAUCUUCUUCAUACAGUGGUGGGGCUCCAAGAAUAUCUUCUUCAUCAUUAUGGCCCAACCGCACGCAGCUGCUGGAUUCAUAUGUACCAACAACACCCACCUCGAGUGUUGUGGAUCCUUCUGAAAGACGAUAUUCUAGCAUGCAGUCCCUACCACCAUCUUCUGAUGGUUGGGACAACCAGCCAGCUACAAUACAUGGUUAUCAGAUUGCUUCGAUUGCAAACCGUAUUGCCAAGGAGAGGAGUGCUAAUGGCCUAAAUGGUCGGACAGAAGCACUGUCCCAAAUUUCCUCUAUGAGCGGCAUCCGGAACUACAGGGACCCACAUGCAGCUAUUGCCUUAGGUCAGAGAUUACAGAAUGGAUUAAGCUCUUCACAACAGGCAACAGCAGGAUAUCAGAACCUUGCCCCAUCCAGAAACAACUCGUUACAGUCUGAAAGACAAUACUAUGAUGUUGUUGGUUCUCCCGUUUCUGUUGUUGAUAAAGCAGGACCAACGACCACCAGUACAAAGAAGUAUCACAGUUUGCCUGACAUUUCAGGAAUUGUUGCUCCUUACAGGGAGCUAUAUCUAGCUGGGAAAGGUAAUACCCAGCAGGACAAGACUUCUGUCGGUGAUUUUGGCUCCUCCUUAGGUGGGAGAACAAGUUACAACCCUUCUUUUUAUGGAGAUGCUUUCUCCUUUCCUUCUACUUCCCCAGCUACAGGAGGAUCUCUUUGGUCAAAACAGCCAUUUGAGCAGUUUGGUGUUGGGGAUAAAAGCCGUGCAGUAGCUGGCAGUAGUGCUUUAGGAGGAGGAACCAGCAGGCCGAACUCAAAUACCCAUCUGGAAGCUAGUAGUUCCAUAGUGGAUGCAGAAGCUCAACUUCUUCGGUCCUUCAGAUGCUGCAUUGUAAAGCUGCUGAAAUUGGAAGGCUCUGAUUGGUUGUUUAGGCAAAAUGAUGGCGCCGACGAGGACUUGAUUGACCGUGUGGCAGCACGUGAGAGGUGUAUAUAUGAAGCUGAAGCGAGAGAGAUGGAGCAGCAUGGGGGGAUCCACCACUUGGGCAUUGAGUCUCAAUGCAGUAGUGAUAAGAAGCAGCAAGGUGGUCGUUCUGGGCAGAAGAAUGAAGAUGCCACUAGCAUUGCCAAUAUCUUGGUUUCCUCGGUUCCUCACUGUGGAGAAGGCUGCGUUUGGAAGGUUGACCUGAUCGUGAGCUUUGGAGUUUGGUGCAUUCACCGGGUUCUUGAUCUAUCACUCAUGGAAAGCCGGCCUGAGCUUUGGGGGAAAUACACCUAUGUGCUCAAUCGCCUUCAGCAAACUAACUCAAAGCGCUCGAAGCUGUUUGAGGGGAACCAUAGGUUCAACAUCCCCGUCGAUUUUGCUAGGGGAUUGAUGUAUCUUUACUCGUUGAGUCCGCUGGGGGUUGUGGAGCCUGCAUUUAUGAGACAACGAACUCAGAUGCAGCCAUGCUUCUGCCUGCAACUCUCAGCAGCACACCAGCAGAGAAUUUCGUCGGCUCAACCAGCAGCGUCAAAUGGGAUGCUGCCUCCUCCGGCAAAACAAGGUAGAGGUGGGAAAUGCACAACGGCAGCGAUGGUGCUGGACUUGAUCAAAGACGUGGAGAUUGCCAUUUCAUGCAGGAAAGGUCGAUCAGGGACAGCUGCUGGGGAUGUAGCUUUCCCAAAGGGUAAAGAGAACCUGGCUUCCGUGCUGAAACGGUACAAGAGGCGGCUGUCUAGCAAGCCCGCUGGGAAGUGAAAGAGCAAGUUGGAUUGGUGUUGCAAUAUGUUAAAAUUUGGUGCUGGGGUUAGUUAACUGAAGAGAUGCUGAUUAAGAGAAGAAUGUGAAUGGAGGGAGCAUUUUCUUUUGCUCUGAUCUCACUUGUAACGAAGGGGGGAAAAGAUGAUGUAAAAAGAGGAUGGAAAGAACCGUCGGGUGCUGCCUUUUGUUGCUUGUCUUGCCCCCUGUAUGUUGCAUGCAUAUACAUAGGAUCUUUACUAAUAGAAGAGCGCUUAACUCCACUUUUACUUAUACUUGGGUAGGGGUAAUGAAUGUAUAAUUUUCAGGCAGCGGCGGGAAAACGAGGAGGUUACGGAAAGAUGUGGUGGGUUGACUCAGUUCCAACUGCAACAUUCUGAUCGGGUGUAGCAUAGGGCAAGCAAGUAGUAAUAAAUCAUCGUACCAUGGGGAUCUAGGCUUACUCUACUUCGUUUUAAGUUUCGUUAUCUAUCCAAUCUAG